AUGAUUAAGUCAUUGCGUAAGAAGAGACAUUCUGGUGAUAAUUCACCCAAACAUUCCAUCACGCGCAUAUCUUCCAACUCAAGUCCUACAGGUAGACUCAGCAGUGGGUCAGGGUCAGGUUCCGGGUCGGUGUCUGUUCCGUUGGCUUCAGCAUUUGAUCAGAAUGGGGGGGCCUCCUUACUAUUACAAAGUCCAAAGAAAGUUAUCAGGGCUCUUUAUGACUAUGAACCUCAAGGACCUCGUGAAUUGCGGUUUAAAAAGGGUGAUUUCUUUCAUGUACUCAAUGAUGACGAAGACACCAUAGCCAAUCAAAAUGGCUGGUGUGAAGCAACAAAUCCCAUGACCCAAACCACAGGAAUGGUACCAAUGGUGUAUUUUGAAGUAUUCAACAGAUCAAGACCCUCAAUCGUCACAGACAACAAGAACAACAAUAAUAAUGGUGAUAGAACGUCUCCAAUGGAUCGUCAUAGUAGUUCCAAUUCGAGUAAUUCAUCCUCUGGAGUCAAACUGCGAAACUCUAACCAAGCACUUUAUGCUCUCACUCUAUACCCAUUUAGGGCAGAGAGAGAUGAUGAAUUGGAUGUUGAUCCUGGUGAAAAUUUGGUCAUUUGUGCUCAUCAUGAAUACGAAUGGUUCAUUGCAAAACCCAUUAACCGAUUGGGUGGUCCUGGACUUGUACCUGUUUCAUAUGUGAAGAUUAUAGAUUUAACUAAUCCUUUGGCUACAUCUUCUACCUCCUCUAAUUCUGACGAAGACAUACGAAAGCUUAUUGAUAAUUUCAAGAUCCCCACAGUUGAGCAAUGGAAAGUCCAAACUGCCAAAUAUCAAGCUUCUACUAUCCCACUUGGAUCAAUUUCCAAUACUAGCCAACAAGCUCCACAUUCUGCCAACUCUCAAUACUUUGAGAACCCACUACAACAAGAUCAUAAUGACAACGAUAAUCAUAAUAAAGCAGGUGGUAUACCGGGUGCCAUUCCUAAUAGCAGCAUUUCGUCUGAACUGUCGAUGGCAUCUGUUGUGGAGGCCAGUGUUGACUCCUACCAACUUGAUCAUGGCAGAUACCAAUAUCUUAUAUGUGCGAAAUUGUCCAAUGGGAAAGUAAGGUAUCUUUACAGAUAUUAUCAAGACUUUUAUGAUUUACAAGUGAAAUUGCUUGAGUUGUUCCCCUUUGAAGCCGGGAAGAUGGAGAAUCUGAAACGGAUCAUCCCAUCUAUUCCUGGUCCGUUGAUAAAUGUCAAUGAUCAUAUUUCCAAACUACGUCGUGAAAAGUUGGAUUACUAUUUGAAGAACUUGAUAGCAUUACCGGAUAAUAUUUCCAAAUCUGAAGAAGUGUUACAACUAUUUGAAUUGGUAGAGAAUGGCUUUGAUCGUGAGAUUCUGAGUAACGAAUCAACUACCAAUAGUAAUGCUGUUAAUUCAUAUUAUCCUACAAACAAUAAUAACAAUGUUAUAUCCCAAAGAAGAAGGUCACUGAAACCUAUCAGUUAUCAAUCUAACUACCAGCAAGAACGAUUAUCACAAUAUUCAGCUUAUCAUAUUACUGCAGCAGAUGUUAAUACACCCAACUCUCAGGAAUCACUUAAUCAGUCAAGAUCGUCUUCCAUUGUACUUGCCAAUUCCCAACAAACACAACAGACACAACAACAACAAGCCACAGCCACAUCCACUGAGAUGGCGAAAGUUAAGGUCAAAUUCUAUUACGAUGAAGACAUAUUUGUACUUUUAUUACCAGUCACAUUGCGACUCCAAGAUCUCCACGCCAAGUUAUUUAAACGAUUGAACUUGGACGAAGAGACGCAAACCCACAACAAUAUCCACAUGUACCUCAAGAAGGACUAUGACGGUUUAGUGGAAGAAACACUCGAUAUCAAAGCCCAAGUAGUAGCACUUGAAAACCAUGAAAUUAAUACCGAUGAAAAGUUUGGUGAUAUCUUGAUGGAUAAGUGUAAAGUUGUAAUAUUAGUUGCUUAA